CUUACAGCCUAGUACAUUCCAGGCGGUCCCGAGUUUGCUGCUCCAUCGCUUUCUAUAUCCGGCUUCAACGUCCUCGUCUCGUCCGCAUCCUCUUUGCUCUGCUCCAACACCCACAUCGCUAUACUUCUCUCGUCAAUACCAUCAUCGACCACGAUACGUAUCUCCCUCAGGCUUUAGGAUGAAUCCGAACCAUCAUCCAGCUACACCUCUCUCGCCUGGUCGCAAGUCAAAGGUUCUCGUACUCGGUGCAGGAAACUUUGGGAGUUGCCUGGCUGAUCAUCUCGGAGACUCGAGCCACGAUGUCUAUAUGUGGAGUCGCGAAGAAGACCUCAUAGACUACUUCAACCAACACCACAAAAAUCUGCGAUACCUGACUGACCACGAUUUCUCGCUCUCUGUGCAAGCAAUUGGACCUGAGUUACCUUCUGCCGAGUUCAUCAAGACCGUCGACGUCAUUUUGUUUGCUAUACCCACGGAGGGUGUGAGAUCGACACUGACGCAACUGCGACCGCGCCUGGACGAGAAGAAUUUGCCGUUGUUAAUCUUCGUCAAUAAGGGUAUCGAGACGUCCACGCAUGCUUUGACUUUGGAGAUCAUCGUGGACACCUGCGGAAAAGAUAUAGCACGGUGUGCGACGUUCAUUUCCGGUCCUUCGUUCGCAAAAGAAAUUGUGAGACGACAGCCCACCUCUGUCUCUGUGGCCUCACUGUCCGAGGCCCAUGCGGAUAAAGCCUCGCAGUUAUUCCAUCAGCCGUGGUUCCGAUGCUAUACGGGCGGGGAUCCCAUUGGAAUCGAAUUGGCGGGCGCUCUAAAGAACGUUUAUGCUAUUGCUUCGGGGAUAGGAGAGGGUCUGGGCUUUGAGAAUAACACGAGAGCUAGUCUCAUCACCCGAGGACUUGCUGAGAUGACAAGGAUCGGCGUCGCAUAUGGCGCCAGUCCGCUCACUUUUCUGUCUCUAGCCGGCGUAGGGGAUCUGUUCUUGACGUGCAGUUCUCCGAGCAGUCGUAAUUAUACAGUAGGAUUCCGGCUCGGGAAGGGUGAGGCAUUGGAUGAGAUCAUCAAGACAUUGGGUAGUGUGGCCGAGGGUGUGACGACGGCUAAAGGCUUGAAGGCGAUUAUUGACAAGCUUGGGGUGUACGCGCCUAUCGCGACUGGGGUGUAUGAAGUCUUGUACGAGGGAAAGAAUGUGGAGGAGGGAGCGCGAGCGCUGAUGGAACUUCCUCCGCAAAAAGAAGUGGAUCUUCCGGAAGGAACCGGGGGGCCGUUGAAGGAGCUGAUGAGAAAGCUGGGUGAAGCGUAAAAGUGUAUGCUUUGUACGAUACCUCUGUGCCGCUGGAUAUGGCAGCCGUUGUUGAAUUCAUGAACGGACAGG